AUAAAAUGUUAUGAAGAUGCUUUGAGAGGCUGCAGUGAAAAAGAUGAACAUUAGAAAUGGACGUAGUGUCAAUGAGAGUGGCCAACAGUGUGGCUUGUGAGAAUCUAGAAGAACUGAAGAAAGCUGUGGGAGCAUGUGAUCUACGUGAUGGAACGUGUUAUAAGGAUUAUAAACAGUCCUUACUGGAUGCACAAACAUUGAAGUCACAACUAAAUUACACGGCAUACAGAAGCGCUGUUUGCACUGCGACCUCAAAAUUUUUCAACUGUGUAGACUUUGUUGUAACCGGCGAUUGUACUGUCGAGAUGGCAACGUUAAUGAAAGACAUUGUUACAGAUUUGUUCGACUACGCUAGGUGUGGAUCCCAAGACCGCGUCUUCUUUUAAAAAUAUGGAAGGGACACGAACUGCGUCACUUCCGGAAGUGAGAAAUGUGUAAUUAACAUGUUUCCUCUGAUUGUGUUAUCUUUAAUGAUAUACAUUUAAUUUGUUUGAUACCUAUCUGUUGGAAAUUUAUCAUCAUAAAGAAAAAAUAAAAUAUUUAUGUACGCUAUUUCUGAAAUUUAAGCCAAAAAUAUCAACGCCAAUUUGAAGACAAACAAAACUUUCAACAUAUAUAUUCAGACAUAUUGAAUGUUUAAAGAAUCGAAUAUUUUUUUUUGUAACUUAUUGUGUUUUACAACGAUUGAAUGGUUUAAAGUUUUUGGUUUUGUUACUGACAACAAGUCAGUUAUUGUUCGAGUGUUAUUUUCCUUAGUGCAGACAGAAGAAAUGCCGACAGGAGUAUAUUGACUUUUCCAACUGCAAAAUACACACUGGAUGAAGUUUUGUCACGUGACCACAAAAGCAAACAGCAAAUAUUAUACAAAUAUGGACUUUUUAGCUGUUGAAUAUGAUGUGAUAUGUACUGAAAAAAUUAAU